UGAAGCAGUUACCGGUAGGAUUACACUAGCUGUUCAGCUGAUCAAGUCAUUUCUUACUGCUGUGGGAUUGUACAUCAGUAUUAACAGACAUGUCUUCGUUUAGAAAAGCCCUGAAAUCCAAACAGCGAGAUCACAAAGAGCGAUCUCAGCCGGGGUCCAGAAAACAUUUAGGACUGUUGGAGAAGAAGAAGGAUUACAAACUUCGUGCAGAUGACUACCAUCGUAAACAGAAGACCCUUAAUGCCUUACGUAAGAAGGCAAUGGACAAGAACCCAGAUGAAUUUUACUAUAAAAUGAUAAACACUCAGUUAAAGGAUGGUGUGCAUGUGAAUAAACCAAAACCAGAGGAAGAAAUGACUGAGGAGCAGAAGAAAGUCAUGAGAACUCAGGAUAUUGGAUAUGUGGAGAUGAAAAGGGUGGCAGAGGCGAAGAAAAUCGAGAGAUUAAAGUCUGAACUGCAUCUUUUGGACGCAAAUGGUAAAAAGAAAAACAAUCAUGUCUUUUUUGUGGAUACCAAAAAGCAAGUGGCAGAUUUUGACCUAGUCACACACCUGAACACAGUACCUGAGCUGGUAGACAGAGUUUAUAACAGACCUACAGUGGACACUCUAAUAAACAAGAAGAUUCUGGGAGCUGUGACUUCACGGGAAUUGAAGAGUCUGGCCAAGCAGAGAAAGGUUCGGUAUGAGGAACUUUCCCAGCGUAUUGACAGAGAGAAAAAAAUGUUUGUCAUCAGCCAAAAGAUCCAAACUCGCAAAGACCUUCAGGACAAGAACAAGAAAGUAAAAGUGCGAAAGGAGACGUCCAGUGCUCCGGCUAUCUACAAAUUUGAAGCCAGGAGGAAAAGAUAAUAUUUAAUAACCAUCUGUCUAAAUGUAUUAUUUUGAUUACUUGAUUAAAACAGCACCAUGUUACAAA